AUGUCCUCGCCAAUUGUCUUCGUCUGCGGUGCUACAGGCCGUCAAGGCGGCGCGCUCGUCAAUCAUCUAUCCAAAAAGGGCAUCGAGAUGCGCACAAUUACUCGCAAUCCGUCUUCUGAAGCUGCCCAGAAAGUCUCAACGCUUGGAGUCGCCGUAACCGAGGGGAAUUUCAACGACAGCGAAGAGACUCUACGAACCAAGUUAAUAGGCUGCACAACAAUUUUCCUCAACCUAGUGGCCGAUUUCCAAAAUAUCGCCAAGGAAAUUGAUCACGCCAAAAAGCUCAUCGCGGCAGCAAAACAAGCUGGAGUCAAGCAUAUCGUCUACUCGGGCUCCCUGGGCACUGAAAACCCAGAACGAAUCCCCGGUUGGGAGGAGGGCGGCAUCAUGCGAGCAGUCGUCGAGACAAAACAGAACAUCGAACACCAGGUUCGCGAUGCUGGAUUCGACACUUGGACCAUUUUGCGGCCAGGGAACUUUAUGACCAAUUUCUUUGCACCUCUUGUCUUCAUGUACCAGGGGCUCGUCGACAAAGGAAUCUGGAGUACAGCCCUUAAAGAAGAAACUGUCUUGCCCAUGAUCGAUCCAAAUGACAUCGGGAAAUUCGCUGCUGCGGCAGUUAUCGACCCUGCCAAGUUCAACCAUCAGCACAUUGAGCUUGCAUCGCAGAUGAUGACCGUGGAUGAAAUUCUGCGGGAUCUAUCGCGCGCAACGGGGAAGGAAAAAAAGGCGAUCUACUUGACAGAUGCAGAAAUCGCAGAACAAAGCAAGACGCACCCAUACCUUGCAGGCCAGGUCUUCAUCCGCAGUCUGGAGCUGUUCAUCGAUAUCAAGAAGCUGGAGCAGUGGGAUAUCAAACGGGGCACCUUUGCCGAAUUCCUAGAGCGCGAGCAGGAGAGUGUAAAAGCGACAUACUCGUAG